AUGCUUGAAGUUUCACUGAGGGCCUUGGAAGAGGCCACUGUGCAGCAGGAUGGCACUGCAUGGCAGGCCAAUGUGUUUGAUGGAGCCACCAGGGCUAAUGUGUGCAAGAGCAACAUGAGCCAGAACCAAGCUGCCUUCGCAGAAUAUCAAGCUGACUUCUCAGCACCUGACCUGCCUGGGGAAAAUCUUCAAGAUGAGCCACCUGCUGAAGAUUCCUUUGAGCAGUGGGUGGAGAGUGGCUGUGUCCUAUCAGCCCCUGGACCUGAUUGGAAAGACCUCUUGGCAGAGCAGGCUCAGAAGGAAGUAGCUGCCUCUGCCUAUGCACAUGGGAGCACAACACUUGCAGAUGACACCAAUGUGGAAGAGAGUCGCAACAGCACUGGCCGCAGGAGUCUCCGCAAAAGGAAUGGCCUCCAGUGGCCCGCUGAGUCCAACCAUGGUUGGCUAGAGGAGUCUCCACAGGAGUCCCAGCAAGAGGACUUCUUGAGCCAGUUGGCCUCCUCAGAAGCCGACAAAAAGCAAAAGGUUGUGGCGAAGCGAGCAGAGACGACGCCGUCAGGCAAUCUGUUGGCCGGGUGGUCGAUCACCUUGAGCCGUUUUCCGACCAAGGGCCAUCAGCGACCAUGGCUGCCGGCGUGGAGGCGGAAGAAUUGGCGCGGAUCGCCCAAAGCUCAGGGGCAUGUCCUUGGAAUGGAAGUGGCUCAGUGGUUCGUCCUGAAUCUGGAUGCUGCCGUCUCCAGCGGUCGCAGCACGGGAAGCAUCGCUGCCGUCUCGCGCCGUCGCCGGGCCGAGGGUAGAGCCCAGGUCAUUGAGGUUCCCACCGAAAGGCAGUGGAUACAGGCCAGACCCGCCACAAUCCUCACGGAGUCGGACCUCAGCGCCUCCGGCAGCUUCCCCGCCACCCCGGCGACGCCGGAGGCGCCGCUGCUGGCGCCGGCGCGCAGCGGAGCGGUGCAGUUUCAGAAGUGCGUGCCCGCAGCGUGGGAUGAGGCGGAAGAAAGCUUUGCGACUGAUUCUGGGCAAGGACAAAGUGGUACCACUGUGAGUGGUGAUGACAGCCCUGCGGAGCAGAAACUGCCACCGCCCACAGAGGCAGAGGGGAAAGAUGGAGCCGGUGGAACACAGGCAGCGGAGCCGGUGGAACCACCUUUGGUCCCAACUGUGCUGAUUCCUGCCCCUGAGCCGGUCCUGGAGGCACCUCAGGCGCCUCAGGCGCCUCACGUCCCCGUGGUGCGUUCCCGGGUUGACACCUCUCCAGUGGGCAGCGCUACGCCCUUGGUGAAGCUUAAAACCUUGGAGGAUUUCUUGCAGGAAGCAGAUGAAGAAUUGAAAGUGCGCCAGCGUAGUGCCUCCGGUGAAGCCGCUGAUGGCGCAGCGAGCCAUGUGGCCGCUUCGCUAUGCCCAGGGGAAGCAGCGCAGGUGGAUCCCACUGAGCAGCUGGAUGAUCUCGUCGAGGAGGAAGAUCACUUGGAAGCCAGAGACAGCGAUGCGAAAGAGCCAGAAGCGUCAUUGGAAGAGGAGCCUGAAGGCCCUGACGAACUGCCUGUGGUCAAGCUGCGGCCACCUCCCUUGAUGGUGGAGUGCGACGGUGAUGUACGGCCUGCUGGGCGUGAGUCGCUUCCAAGCCUUCCCUUGCUGUCGGUUCCUGACACGCCUUUGUCUCUUGCUGUCCAGGUCCAACCCCGAAGAGCAUCCUCCGCUCCGCCGGAGCGACGCAAAAGAGGACGUCGAGCGAAGAUCGUUCCGAUGGUCAUUUCUACAGGCUUGGCCACGGCACCCAAUUCGCAGAUUCCCUCGCCCAACGCAGUGUUUCCAACGCCCUUGCUCCCGCGAGAGCGACCGCAGGUCUUUCGCUACUCACCCCCUGAGCGCGGACGUGACCGGCGGAGCAAAUCUUUGGCGAAGUGA